CGGGUUGAGAGAGACACUCACAGUGCGGCAGUUUGAGGAUACACUUCACCCAACAGUUAUCCUUUAUCCAACAAACGGAUAUUUUAAACCAACACGAAGCUGAACCGAUUGUGAACUUCUGCUGCCCUCUGUGGAAGAUCCUCCUCACUGAACCUGGAUCAGAUUACUUCCUCUUCUCCUUCAUCCCAUCAGUAUACUAGAGGUGAACCGCUUUGCAGGAGCAGCCGUGGAUCCUCGCAGAAGGAGGCGCUCAUCACAUGGGAGUGUGUGACCGCGUGCGUGAGGGUGUGUGUUCAGGCCUCCUGCCGUCGCCCGCUCGUCCCGGACAGGCAUGGCGGGAGGCAGAGAGCGCGGCUCCCGGGUCCAGAGGCCGUGGUCGGUGUACCGGGCCAACACAUUCGAGCUGUCCAACGAGAUGAUCGGCUUGGCUCUCGCAGGAAACAGUCAGGACCCAGAUGAGCCUGUGCUCGAGUUCAGCGUGGCCUGCACAGACCUGCUGACUCCCGCUUUGGAUCGAAAACCCAACAGCUUUGUAGCAGUGAGCUGCACGACACCGCCGCAGGCCUUCUGGACCAAACACGCCCAGACUGAGGUCAUCGAGGGCACCAGUAACCCCAUCUUCCUCAGCAGCAUCGCCUUCUUCCAGGAGUCCAACAUCAACCAGCAGACGCAGGUGAAACUGGCCGUCUACGACGUGAAGGACCGCUCGCAGGGCACGAUGUAUAUGUUGGGCUCAGCACUUUUUCCUGUGAAGGAGUUGUUGCAAGAGAGGAGCCACAGAUUACAGCUGGAGCUGAGAUCAGCGGAGAACCAGCGGGUGGGCAACGUCACCAUAGCUGCCUGGCAGAUGGAGGAGAGAGCAGAUCAGAGGAUGUCGGUCGGCCGCCUGCCAGACAGCAUCAACGGGCGGACGAUGCUGCCUGUGGACGAGAGCCUCACCGAGUCGAUGGGAGUCCGGAUCAAGUACGCCUCGCUAUGCAAAGACACCCUGCUGCGUUCAGUGUUUGGAGGCACGAUGUCCAGGAUGUACCGCUUCCCCACCACUGAUGGGAACCACCUGCGGGUGCUGGAGCAAAUGGCUGAGAGCGUCCUGUCGCUGAACAUUCCCCGACAGUUUGUCAAGCUGCUGCUGGAGGAGGACGCAGCCAGGGUUUGUGAGCUGGAGGAGCUGGGAGAGUUAUCCCCCUGCUGGGAGAAUCUGCGGCGACAGAUUGUCUCGCAGUACCAGACCAUAAUACUCACAUACCAGGAAACACUGUCAGACCUCAACGAUUACAGAGGUCCAUCGUUCAAAGCCAGCAACCUGAAGGCAGAGAGGAAGCUUGAGUUCAUGCCAACCAACCUACACGUUCAGAGGAUGAGGGUGCAGGAUGAGCUGGGCUUCGAACACACGUAUGACGUGGUAACGAUCGGAGCGCCGGCGGCUCACUGCCAAGGUUUUAAAAACAGCGGCUUGAGGAAACUCAUCCAGAAGUUUGAGGAUGCAAAGAAACACGUUUAUGAGGAGGGAUGCAGCGCCCUGUCCAGCUCGCAGUCCAUCGUCUACAUACCCCAGGACAUCGUCCGAGCCAAAGAGAUCAUCGCCCACAUCAACACGCUGAAGACUCAGGUCAGCUACUACGCCGAGAGGCUUUCCCGAGCCGCCAAGGACCGGUCGGCCAGCGGACUGGAGAGGACACUCGCUAUUCUGGCUGAUAAGACUCGUCAGUUGGUGACAGUAUGCGACUGUAAGCUGCUGGCUUCAGCCAUUCAGGCCCUGAACGCAGCACGGCCCGAGUACAUCGCCUCCAAAGCGUCUCCCUCCGCCGACUCGGAACAAGUAGUCCUCCGUAACGACCAGGACACGCUGCUGGCCAAGUGGAGCGGUCGUAACAGCCGAUCAUCGCUGCAUGUAGACUGGCAUGAAGAGGAGUGGGAGAAGGUUUGGCUGAAUGUGGAUAAGUCUCUGGAGUGCAUCAUCCAGCGUGUUGACAAGCUGCUUCAGAAGGAGAGGAGACCCAGCGACAGCAGUCAGGACAGUACCCAGAUUGACCUGCAGGGCGGCGCCACGAAGAAAGGUGAUGAAAAAAGACGAGCUUUCUGGAUCAACCCAGGAAGUGUAUCACAGGAUGCUCCAUCAUUACCAUCAUCAUCAUCACCUCCACCACCGUCAUCGUCACCACCACCACCGUCCUCUUCCUCUCCGCCUGCCUUGUACUCUGCACGCCCUCCCAGCCCUGAACAAGAUGGAAGCCCCAGUGCUGAGGAGGCGUACCCAGGCGAGUGGAGCGAGGCGUUGUACCCUCUCCUCACCACGCUCACAGAGUGCGUCGCCAUGAUGAGCGACACGGCCAAAAAGUCUAUGGUCUUCCUGCUGAUGCAAGACAGCGCCCCGACGAUAGCCAUGGACCUGACGCUGCAGUACCGCCGCGACGUCGUCUUCUGCCAGACGCUCACCGCUCUCAUCUGUGGCUUCAUUAUCAAACUGAGGAAUUGUCUCCGUGACAACGGCUUCCUCCGACAGCUCUACACCAUCGGCCUGCUGGCUCAGUUUGAGUCCCUGCUCAGCACCUACGGGGAGGAGUUGGCCAUGUUGGAGGACAUGAGUGUCGGCAUCAUGGAUCUCCGCAAUGUCACCUUCAAGGUCACCCAGGCCACCGGCAGCUCCGCCCCCGACAUGCUGCCCAUCAUCACGGGGAACCGCGACGGCUUCAACGUCCGCAUCCCGCUGCCGGGAACCAUGUUCGACGCGUUGCCGCGGGAGAUCCAGAGCGGCAUGCUGCUGAGGGUCCAGCCGGUGCACUUCAACGUCGGCAUCAACGAGCAGCAGACGCUGGCUGAGAAGUUUGGAGACACGUCCCUGCAGGAGGUCAUUAACCUGGAGAGUCUUUCCAGGCUAAACUCAUACUACGAACAGUUCAAAGAAGUCCUGCCUGAGGACUGCCUCCCCAGGUCUCGUUCUCAGACUUGUCUCCCUGAGCUGCUGAGGUUUCUGGGGCAGAACGUCCACGCAAGGAAAAACAAGAACGUGGACAUCCUCUGGCAGGCAGCAGAGAUCUGUCGCCGGCUGAACGGGGUUCGUUUCACCAGCUGCAAAAGCGCCAAAGACCGCACGGCCAUGUCGGUGACCCUGGAGCAGUGCCUGAUCCUGCAGCACGAGCACGGCAUGGCGCCGCAGGUCUUCACGCAGGCCCUCGACUGUAUGCGCAGCGAGGGCUGCAGACGAGAAAACACCGUGAAGAACGUCGGAUGCAGAAAGUACGCGUUCAACUCGCUGCAGCUCAAGGCCUUCCCCAAACACUACCGGCCACCUGACGGCACCUACGGGAAAGUGGAAACCUGAUUGGAUGACGGAGAGCUCUGCGGCGGGAUGUUAUUGGACGGCGUGCUGGUGUGUGACCACCUUCCUUUGACCAUCAUGUCACCUGGUUGCUGUUUAUUUGGAGGUUUCCUCUGUGAUUCACUGUCACACUCCUGAACAGCUGCUCCUUCCUGAAAACACACACCUGAGUGAAUAACUGAUUUCAGGUUCUCUACUUUAUUAGUUACUCACACCUUUUUAUGCAUAACGUGUGAAUACAUGAAAGUUUUCUCCAGGAGCAGAAGUAUCAAGCUCUUGUGUUUUUAUUCCCUAUGAUGGAAAUGUACAUGAACAGCACUGUCUAACCCCUGAUGAUCAAUAUCAGCCACACGAACAUUUUUAUUUCUGUUAAAUCGAGGGAGCAAUCAUUCAAAUCACGUGUUUAAAUUCAUAUCAUAUGUGAAUAAAAUAGGUAAAAACAGACAGUUGUCCAUCGUCAGCCCACAGUGUUUGGACACAUUAGUUUUUUAUGCCAUUCAUGAUGCCAGCCAGCGUCUGCCUGAGCAGUCAGGAUGUCUUCUGCAGACUCCUUACAUUCAGUAUUUCAGCUCAUAUUUAUGCAUUCAAAGCAUGGUGUUUGUCUAAUUCUGUGUUUUUAUUAUUAUCAGAAAAUCUCAUGAAAAGACUAAAAACAACUGUGUCUCAGCCUCGAGCACAUGUUCUGAGCGGCCUGUCACUCAGUGCAACAGUGUGGCUCAUUGACGCUGAUUGACACCAUUUCAUUGUUGGUUUCGCUCUUUUCGUGGUUUUUACUGACUGUGAUCAGUCUGGGAGUCGACACUUCACAGCAGCUUCUCAGCCUCCAUCCGCUGACUUCCUCGAAGUGAGCAGAACGGGACGCCAGUUUUUAGCUGGUGAUCGGUCAUACUUUGCAGUUUAUUUGAGGACAAGGGAGGUGCUGUGAGGCUGAAGAGGAAAUAUGGAGCGUCUUCAGUGUGUGAUACGAGCAGAGAGUUUGAUUUAGCUGCAUUUCACUGUUGUUUUUCAUUUUAAAGAGGCAGGAACUGCACGCGGCAUCAGAAACUCUCAUUCGAACUGAAGCAGCUGAACCAGAUUUAGAAAUCUGAGUUCGUGUUGUGGACAUUUCCUUCAUGGAGGAUGCAUUUCAUCGCUUACUUGCAGUGAUUUUCUUCUCACUCCUCUGUGCCACAUCCACCUGCAAUGACACAUGUGUACCACACGGGGGAGACACCGCUCUUCACUUCCUGUCACUUCUGUUUGAGUGAAAUUCAUCUGACUGUGACUUGAACCUCUCUGCUGAAGGCAGUCCCACUGCAGGCCGCUCACACCUUCAUUCAUCUCUGAAUCUCCAUGUUUCUGUCAGCAGCAGAGAAGCUGUGAGCUGCAUUCAGACCUUCAGUCAACCUGAGAACAUGUGACGGUCUGAACGUCGCUGAAUGUUAUAACUUGUCGAUAUACGAAGCUGAAAUAAAUCUGAAAUGUGUUUGUUUGGUUUUUGUUUGAAAAUGGAGGUUUUUCAAAUUAAUAUCUAACGUUAGUGAAUUAAUGGAGAUUUAUCUGUCACUGUGGCAUUAUGUCAUCUUUAAAGAACAAAUAAAGAUGUUCCAUGAAAAUGGGAGGAAAUCCUUC